GUAUCUCUGCGCCCCGCCAUUCGUCCGGCCGCUGUCGCUGUGUUGCCGUCUCGAAGUUUUGCCGCAGCCGCGGCGUCGAAGCCCAAAUUGGAGGAUGGCACCUUAGAGGGGCGAUAUGCCACGGCCCUCUUUAUGGCCUCCAAGGAGAAGUUGGACAAGGUCUACGGCGAUUUGUCCGCACUCAGGGGCAUGAUGGCUGAAUCACAGGAGUUGAAACUGGCCAUUGAGACACCCGGAAUCGAGCCAGACAGCAAGGUGGCCGCCUUCGAAGCGAUCUGCAGCAAAGCCGGGAUGGAUGGAGCCGUGGUGAAUUUCCUCAAGGUCUUGGUGGAGAACAAGCGAGCCCACCUUCUCUCGCGCAUGAUUGACAUUUUUGAGAACUUCUACCGUGCCGAGAAGGGGCUGGUGCUGUGCAAGGUGACCUCGGCUGCGCCAUUGACCUCGGCCCAACAGGGACAGGUGAAGGCUGCCAUGCAACAGCGAGCUCAAGGUUCCGAACUGAUCAUGGAAUAUAACACCAACCCUGCAUUGUUGGGAGGCCUUGUGGUGAAGAUGGGAGAGGCGGUGUUGGACAACUCGGUCUCGACGCGCCUGGAACGCUUGCAGUCCCAGCUGCUGGCCCCAGUGGCCUGGACCUACCUGGAGCUUGGGAGCGGCACAGGGCUGGUCGGACUGAGCUGUGCCCUGUGGGGAGCCGAGGUUUGCCUCAGCGAUCUGCCUGACGUCACGGCCUUGUUGCAUUUCAACGUGGCCUUGAACCGAGCUCGUGGCCUAACACUGGACGUCCAGGUGAUUCCCCACGAGUGGGGCACCGAUCUUCCACCGGACCUGAACAAAUCGCUGGACGUGGUGGUGAUGGCGGAUUUGGUGUAUGACGUCGAGGCUUCGAGGCAGUUGCUGGUGACCUUAAUUGCUUUGGCCGCCGCUCACCAUCAGCUGCAGUUCGUCAUGGCAUUUCGUCCUCGAAACUUAGAGGAUCCAGAGUUCUUCAGAGAAUUGUCGAAGCAUUUUGACCUCGCCCCGCAAAGAAGUUCCGGGGUCUAUGGCCAAAUGUGCUAUGACGUACAAAUUCUUCGAUUGACAGCGAAAGCGAAGACCGACAAAGACCUCUUCGAUUGUCAUCCGAAGCAGAGCCGUAACGGACUUCUCCGUUGUGAUUUGCCCAUAGGUCCGGUGAUGUGUUAUCCUGAUCCACAUUCCGCGGCGGGACCCAAUGGUGGUCUUCCCUUUCGUCCUGGCCUCAAUUUUGAGGCGAUGGAUUCAACUAGGAAGAUUUUCAUGGGGAAUUCAACCUAG